UCAGAUACAUAACAUCUACUGCCUGAUUGUGUGUCUUGUAUGUAACGUGAAUCAGCCAAACAACCAAUCAACUAGUCAACUAUUAGAAGGCCCAAUCAUCUUAGCAGCAACAUGUUGAACAAAUCACCAUUAAAUUGACCUAAUUGUAACAGGCAAUUACUGUGAUCAGACAAUCCUAUGUUACUUAACUAAUUACAAAAGACUGAUUUCAUGAUAAUCAAUGAACUAACUAUCGUUAAAGAGGCAAUUAUCUGUGGCUAAUUGUCGUUUUUAUAUGUUAAUCUUAUCACUAAUCACUGGACAACAAAGGUGAUUUAAUUUAUUUUUUUGGUAAGAUAUCGCAUGACCUCCAGCCUCGGACAGACCCGCCCCUCCCAGAAUGACUCGUCAGGUUGGGUCAUGUAGCUGGGAUGAAGGUCACAUGGUUAAGCUUGGGCACUAUCUUCCUAUGUCCUCGCCUCUGACCACCCCCAUGCCCGUGUCCGUCAAACCCAGUACACCCACGGUAAUGAAUCCAUCCAAUCCCAUGUCCAUUACCCACGACAGACCCACAUCACCCAUGUUUAGAACGCAGACUGUGACCACUCCCAGCCCUCAGUCCACACCCUCGUUACCAAGGUCUUCUCCCUGGGACACAGCUAAGAGCAGAAUGGUACAGUUUAAUAGCAAGUGCGGUGCUAACUGUAGGCACGCUGGUCGCUCGUCCACUUCAGGGGGCAGUCCGGAAAGCAGUGAACCCAACAGUCCAACAAUCAGUCGUAUGGACAAUCACAGUCAGAACUGCAACGUCUCCGCCAGUCAACCAAUGGAUAUCCCAACACCCAAGCGUGGAGUCAGUCCAGUCUGUAAUUAUUUGGACAAUUCAUCAAGGCACCGCCGAAGCAGUCUUAUUGCCAGUCAGGGCAGCAUUGCAGUCACCAGUCCGCCAAUGCGCCGUCGAAACAGUCUGAUUGCCACUCAGAGCAGCUUUAAAAUCACCAGUCCACCAAUGUGCCGUCGAAACAGUCUGAUUGCCACUCAGAGCAGCUUUAAAAUCACCAGUCCACCAAUGUGCCGUCGAAACAGUCUGAUUGCCACUCAGAGCAGCUUUAAAAUCACCAGUCCACCAAUGCGCCGUCGAAACAGUCUGAUUGCCACUCAGAGCAGCUUUAAAAUCACCAGUCCACCAAUGCGCCGUCGAAACAGUCUGAUUGCCACUCAGAGCAGCUUUAAAAUCACCAGUCCACCAAUGCACCGUCGUAACAAUGUACUUGCCACUCAGAGCAGCUUUAAAAUCACCAGUCCGCCAAUGCGCCGUCGAAACAGUCUGAUUGCCACUCAGAGCAGCUUUACGAUCACCAGUCCGCCAAUGCGCCGUCGAGGCAGUCUGCUUACCAGUCAAAGUCACAUUUUGGCCACCAACCCGCCAGUUACAUGCAAGACCCCAGUCUCUGGUGACAGUUGGGAACCUCGGUCAAACUGUCAGUCAGAUUAUUGCUCAGAGGACUCAAGAAGUUCAUCGAACAGUCCAGUGCACCAGUCAAAGAAUGAAGUGAGUAGUGAACAAGACAGUCCAGUGCACCAGUCAAAGACUACAGGAACUGGUAAGCAAGGCAGUCCAGUGCACCAGUCCAAGACUACAGGAACUGGUAAGCAAGACAGUCCAGUGCACCAGUCAAAGACUACAGGAACUGGUAAGCAAGACAGUCCAGUGCACCAGUCAAAGACUACAGGAACUGGUAAGCAAGGCAGUCCAGUGCACCAGUCAAAGACUACAGGAACUGGUAAGCAAGACAGUCCAGUGCACCAGUCAAAGACUACAGGAACUGGUAAGCAAGGCAGUCCAGUGCACCAGUUCAAGACUACAGGAACUGGUAAGCAAGGCAGUCCAGUGCACCAGUCAAAGACUACAGGAACUGGUAAGCAAGGCAGUCCAGUGCACCAGUUCAAGACUACAGGAACUGGUAAGCAAGGCAGUCCAGUGCACCAGUUCAAGACUACAGGAACUGGUAAGCAAGGCAGUCCAGUGCACCAGUCCAAGACAGGUAAGCACCGCGACAGUAUCGAAAGCUUAUCAAACAGCAGCAGGAGUAGUAGUACCAGCGAUCUCUCAGGAAGCAGUAGCCUACGUAGCAGUUACACUCGUCCAAGAAACAGUAGGAGUGGCAGCAAAAGAAGCAGGACCCUAGAGAACACCAGCGCCUCUGACACGACCAUUGUGAAUUCAUCUUUUGCUGUUCCGUCUGGGAGGAAGACUAGUGUCAGCCCUGCUCCUCGAACACAAAAAUCGAGAAAGGAAAUCAAUGCCGAAAGGGACAUGCAAAAAGAGUUCAAGGGUCUCCUCAUUACUGCUGUAAAAGGUGACCAACAGAAAAAUAUCAAGGAGUCGCCUGUUGCUUCCGAAAGAGACCAACAGAAAGUCACAGCAGAAUCUCCCAUUUCUGCUGUGGGUAACCAACAGGAAGGCAUCACUGAACCUCCCAUUGCUGUCGAAGGUUACCAACAGGAAAGCAUCAGAGGGCUUCUGGUUUCUGGCAACAAUGACCUUCCGCAUUUUGGUAAACACCAGAGCGAGACUGACAAGUCGAGAAAAUCCAAUAGCGUUAAUGGCGUUGAAACCAAGAGCACAGACUCCAGCGACAAUACGAAGUCGAUGGCUGAUAGUGAGAAGAAAACAACAGCUGCCACUGGGAACAUUGACACGAUGAUCGAGAACUUAAACAAAUCCAGAAGAAGCACUGGUAACGUCAAUGGCAGGUCCAGAAGCAUCAUCGACGACAUUGUUAGGUCAAAGAACAUCACUGAGUCUGGAAGAAAGUCGAAGACGUUGAUUGAUAUCGAGAAGAAGACGAGAAAUUUGUCUGAUAUUGUGAAGUCGAAGAGCUUUACCGAUUAUACGAGGAAGCCCAAAGUGUCAUCUGAUGAGACAAAGAAGCCAAAGGUUUUAACUGAUGAUGCAAAGAAGCUUAGGAGCUCGGUUGAUGACACAAAAACGAGAAGAAGCGUGUUUGACGACAUGAAGAGGUCCAAGAGCGUGUCUGAUGAUGCCAGAAAGACAAAAUACUUAUCUGAAACACCGAAGAAACCAACCAACGACAUGAGAAGGCCGAGAAGCUUGUGUGACAAUACCAGAAAGCCAAAAAGCUUAUCUGAAGACUCGAAGAAGUCCAAAAGUACAUCCGACACAAAAUCAAAUACCUUGACUGCCGCAAUACAGAAUUUCAAGAGCUCAGCCGAUGUUGGCAAGAAGUCGCCAGGUGUGUCCAGUGAGGUGCAGAAGACUCGGAGUUUGUUUAGUGGUGAUGAAGAUGGCAGCAAACCAAAGACUAUUCAUAAUAAGGUGAGAAAACAAAAGACCUCGAGUGAUGACCUCAGGAAGAUAAAGGUUAGUAAUGGUUCAAACAGAGAGACAAGCCUGAAUGGCAUCGCAAACAGACCAACAACCCUCAGUAACAACAAAACAAACAGGGUGACGAGCAACACUCUCAACAAAAACAAUCCACUGAUUAUCAUCGGUGAUGUAAUCAAGAGCGAGGUCAGUGGGAACGAUGAGGUAGAUGGGUUAAUGACAGGAUGGGCCAUGUCAGACAGUGGAAUUAUGACAGGAGAUGAAGAUAAUUCGCCGAUGGAAUUUCUGCACAUCCCAAGCAUAGUUGUCGAAAACACAGCAGCGACUGAUGACGAGGACAAAUCAACGAUGAGGACUGAAGAUAGGUCAUGGCUCAGUGAAGCACAGCUUCAAGCUACAGAUGAUGAAGAUAGGUCAUGGCCCAGUGAAGCACAGCUUCAAGCUACAGAUGAUGAAGAUAGGUCAUGGCCCAGUGAAGCACAGCUUCAAGCUACAGAUGAUGGAACUGAAGAUAGGCCAUGGCCCAGUGAAGCACAGCUUCAAGCUACAGAUGAUGAAGAUAGGUCAUGGCCCAGUGAAGCACAGCUUCAAGCUACAGAUGAUGGAACUGAAGAUAGGCCAUGGCCCAGUGAAGCACAGCUUCAAGCUACAGAUGAUGGAACUGAAGAUAGGCCAUGGCCCAGUGAGCACAACUUCAAGCUACGGAUGAAGAAGAUAGGUCAUGGCCCAGUGAAGCACAGCUUCAAGCUACAGAUGAUGAAGAUGGGUCAUGGCUCAGUGAGCACAGCUUCAAGCUACAGAUGAUGAAGAU